CAGGGGCAGACUGACCAUUUGGAAACUUGGGCACUGCCCGAGGGCCCAGGGUCAGUAGGGGGCCCCAUGAGAUGCCCCUGGUACCUUUUUCAUAGGCUUUUUUGAGUUUGAGCAAGGACACAGGGGCCCCAUGAUCCCCUAUUGCCCGGGGGCAUGAGAUGUCCGCCCCUAGUCCAUGCCGCCCAUCAUUGCUGCAUAUCAGUGCAUCAUCAGUGCCUCCUCAACAAUGCCCAUCAGCGCCGCCUCAUCAGUGCCAAU